UUUACUUUAAUAGAAAUAUUACGUGAAUGUUUAUAUGUUACAAAAUUGAAACUAUAUAAUGAGGUAAAAUUUUAACCAGUAAUUGUUAAUUAGAUUCUUUAAAAUUUUAAAGUAAAGGUAUCCUAGAAGAGACUUUUCAAAACUGUCUGCCAUGUUUAAUGGCUGUUUAUAGUAAAAUAGAUAUAGACGAUCCUUGGUCCAGAAAUUACCCUUUCGUUAUCGAUUCCAAUUCCAGGGAUAUUGGUGAUAGGAGUAGAUUAGCAGCUCAUGGCUUGUGGAUUGGGAAGAAAAUUAGUUCAGGAACAUUCUGUGACGUUCAUUUCGCUGCAAAGAAGCUACCAAGUGGAAGAAGAAAAGACCUUGCUGUAAAGAUUAUUGAUAAAAGUAAGGUUUCUCCGCUCUUUAAAGAAAAAUUUUUGAGCAGAGAGCUUUCUAUCUGGCCAAAUCUUCGUCAUUCCCAUAUCAUCCAAUGUGAUCAAAUAUUCCAAAUAAAGAACAAGACAUACAUAUUCAUGGAACUUGCACCAGGAGGCACCGUUACAGAAUAUAUCCAGAG